UUUAUGAAUUUGUACCAUCGCCACCCUCUUCAUGUUCCCAACAAACUGUACCUCUCCCUCCUCUCUCUCUCUCUCUCUCUCUCUCUUUUUAACAUUGCUUUCAAGUUUCAAGAAAUCAUUAUUGGAAUUCUCUCUCCUUAUAAGAAAACCCGCAAUGUGCUGAUAAUGCACUAUGAUUUGAAAAACUUGAGCCAAGAUUUCAGUUUUGUGCUUGUAUAGUUCUUGCCCAUUUGGUUCUUGCACUGGGAAAGAAUGGCGUUUGUGUUAGUCCAUUGGUUUUUCAUUGUGUUUAUACUGAGUUUCUUCUGUUCAAACGCUAUCUUGGAGCAGAAAUAUGGGAGCCCAGAUAGGGAGAGUUUGCUGUCCUUCAAAAACUCUCUUGAAAACCCUCAAGUUCUCUUCUCAUGGAGUCCUUCCGUGUCGCAUUGCAACUGGACCGGUGUGUUUUGCAAUGAAGGUCGAGUUACUUCGGUCGUUCUGUCUACUCACACUCUUGCUGCUAACCAACUGAAGGGUCCUCUCUCCACUGCUCUCUUCUCACUCACCAGCCUCGUUGUUCUGGAUCUUUCUUCUAAUCAGUUGUAUGGUGAAGUUUCACCGGAAAUAGCUUCCCUCAGCAGGCUGGAAUUAUUGGACUUGGGUUACAAUCGCUUGACGGGUGAGUUACCGAGUAGGCUUGGUGAUUUGACUCGUCUGCAGACGCUGAGACUUGGACCAAAUUUCUUCACUGGAAGAAUCCCGCCGGAGCUGGGAAACUUGGUGCGGCUUGAGUCUUUUGACCUCUCAGGAAAUUCUCUCACCGGAAAUAUCCCACCCCAGAUAGGCAACUUGACUCAACUGCAGAUUUUGGCUCUUGGGAAUAAUUUCCUGACGGGUUCCUUGCCUUAUAAUCUCUUUACGAAGCUUCAAUCUUUGUCUUCAUUUGACGUUUCAAACAACUCUCUUUCUGGAAAAAUAUCGCCGGAGAUCGGAAAACUCACCUCCCUUAACGAGCUUUACAUUGGCGACAACCAUUUCUCCGGAGUGUUUCCGCCGGAGAUUGGCCAGCUUUCAAAUCUUGAAAUAUUUUCUUCGCCUUCUUGUUUGUUCAAUGGCCCAUUACCUGAAACGUUCUCGAAGCUGAAAUCUUUGAGCAAACUUGACCUUUCUAACAACCCAUUGCAGUGUUCAAUCCCAAAAAUUGUUGGAGAAAUGCAGAACUUGACCAUAUUGAAUCUUGUUUAUGCUGAGCUUAAUGGAAGCAUCCCAUCCGAGAUUGGAAAAUGCAGAAACUUGAAAGUCUUGCUGCUUUCCUUCAAUUCUCUUUCCGGAGUUCUGCCUGAGGAGCUAUCUGAAUUGUCUUUGAUAACACUUUCUGCUGAAAAGAAUCAACUCUCAGGUCCAUUGCCUUCUUGGCUUGGAAAAUGGACACAGGUUGACUCGAUAUUGCUUUCGAACAAUCGAUUUUCAGGCAGCAUUCCACCUGAAAUUGGGAAUUGUUCAAUGAUAAGUCACAUUAGUUUGGGUAGUAAUUUGCUUACCGGUGAGAUUCCUAAAGAGUUGUGUAGUGCUGUUUCUCUUGCAGAGGUUGAGCUUAAUCAUAAUUUUCUCACUGGGAGUAUCGCAGAAACUUUUGUCAACUGUAGAAAUUUGACACAGUUGGUUUUGGUGGAUAAUCAGAUUGUUGGUUCUAUUCCAGAUUAUUUCUCUGAGCUUCCUUUAAUGGUUCUUGAGUUGGAUUCCAACAACUUCACGGGUCCUAUUCCUGUGAGCCUUUGGAGUUCACUAAAUUUGAUUGAGUUUUCUGCUGCAAAUAACCAGUUAGAGGGUUCUCUCCCUUUGGAGAUUGGAAAUGCUGCUUCUUUGGAGAGCAUUGUUCUCUCUAAUAAUCAUAUUACCGGUAGAAUUCCAGCAGAGAUUGGGAAGCUGAGUUUUCUCUCUGUGUUGAACUUGAACUCCAAUUUUCUUGAAGGGAAUAUCCCUACUGAGCUUGGGAACUGCACUGCUCUCACAACAUUGGAUUUGGGGAACAACAGUCUCAAUAGCUCCAUUCCAGAUGAACUUGCUGAUUUGCCUCAGUUGCAGUGCCUUGUUCUUUCUUAUAAUUAUCUGUCUGGGCAGAUUCCUUCUAAAGGUUCCAAGUAUUUUCAACAGGUAUCUGUUAUUCCUGACUCUAGUUAUGUUCAACAUCAUGGAGUCUAUGAUCUUUCACACAAUGGAUUGACUGGUUCGAUUCCUGAGGAACUGGGGAGCUGUGUGGUUCUGGUGGAUCUACUGCUCAAUAACAAUUUGCUUUCAGGGGAGAUACCAAGAUCUUUGGCAAGCUUAUCAAAUCUCACGACUUUAGAUUUGUCAGGAAAUUUGCUUACUGGUAAUAUUCCUCCUGAAUUUGGUGAUUCAUCUAACUUACAGGGACUGUAUCUUGGAAACAAUCAGCUCACAGGCACAAUCCCUGAAACACUUGGUCGGUUAAAUGGCUUGGUGAAACUUAAUUUGUCUUCUAAUAUGUUAUCUGGUUCAAUUCCUCCCAGUUUUGGUAGCUUGAAUGGGCUUACUCACUUGGACUUGAGCUCCAAUUCGUUAAGCGGUGAGCUUCCUGCAGCACUAUCUGGAAUGGUAAAUCUUGUGGGCUUUUAUGCUCAGCAGAAUAAGCUUUCGGGUCAUAUAGAUGGGCUUUUCAAGAAUUCGAUAGUUUGGAGAGUUGAAAUUUUGAAUUUAAGCACCAAUUCCUUUGGUGGGAACUUGCCAAGAUCUUUGGGCAACAUGUCCUAUUUGACAGUCUUGGAUCUUCAUGGAAAUGGUUUUACAGGGGAAGUUCCACCUGAGCUCGGAAAUCUUGCACAGCUCGAGUAUCUUGAUGUCUCAGGGAAUAUGCUUGAUGGAGAAAUUCCUGGUGAUGUUUGCAGUCUUACCAAUCUUUUGUUCUUGAAUCUUGCGGAGAACAGUCUGGAGGGUCCAAUUCCAAGAUAUGGGAUCUGCAAAAACCUGACAAAAGCUUUACUAUCAGGGAACAAGGAUUUGUGUGGUGGAAUUGUAGGAUUACGAUGCCCUUUGAAGAGCUUUGGCAGAAAAUCACCUAUGCUGAAUGUCUGGGGACUGGCAUCAAUUGUUGUAGGCAUUAUUCUGACAGCUCUUUCAUUGAUCAUAGUGCUGAGGCUCUGGGCUAACAGAAGCAGCAGAAACGAUCCUGAAGAUGUUCCAGACAGCAAGUUGAAUAGCUCAGAUGAUCAAAAUCUCUAUUUCUUGAGUAGCAGCAGGUCAAAGGAGCCACUAAGCAUUAACAUUGCUAUGUUUGAGCAGCCUCUCCUCAAAUUGACACUGGUUGAUAUACUUGAGGCGACGAACAACUUUUGCAAGGCAAACAUAAUUGGGGAUGGUGGCUUUGGAACUGUGUACAAAGCUACCCUGCCUGAUGGAAAAAUAGUUGCAGUAAAGAAGCUGAGUCAGGCCAAAACACAGGGUCAGCGGGAGUUUUUAGCAGAGAUGGAAACUCUAGGCAAAGUAAAACACAGAAAUCUUGUUCCUUUGCUAGGCUACUGCUCUUAUGGUGAGGAGAAGGUGCUCGUCUACGAGUACAUGGCCAAUGGAAGCUUAGAUCAUUGGCUGAGGAACCGCACUGGGACUCUUGACAUCUUGGAUUGGACCAAACGAUUCAAGAUUGCUCUCGGUGCUGCACGUGGCUUAGCUUUUCUCCAUCAUGGGUUCAUUCCCCAUAUAAUUCAUCGCGAUAUCAAGGCCAGUAAUGUCCUACUCAACGAGGACUUCGAGCCGAAGGUUGCUGAUUUCGGGCUAGCAAGACUCAUCAGUGCCUGUGAGACUCAUGUAAGUACUGACAUUGCUGGCACUUUCGGGUACAUCCCACCCGAAUAUGGCCAGAGCUGGAAAUCCACAACUAGGGGGGACGUCUACAGUUUUGGUGUGAUUCUGCUCGAACUGUUAACUGGGAAGGAGCCAACAGGACCUGACUUCAAAGACAUUGAGGGUGGUAACUUAGUCGGAUGGGUGUUCAUCAAAAUCAAGAAUGGUCAUGCUGUGGACGUGCUUGAUCCUACCAUUCUCGAUGCAGACUCAAAGCAGAUGAUGCUUCAGACGCUGCAGAUUGCUGUCAUCUGCUUGUCGGAAAACCCUGCUAACCGGCCUACUAUGCUCCAUGUUCUUAAAUUCCUGAGAGGGAUCAAAGACGAGUAGAAGGCCAACAACGAUCUUGCUGAUUACUUGCCGAUCUUUAAAUAAAAUAGCUAAUGGAAUUGUAUUAAUCUGCAGAAGUUGCGACCAGUGUUUUCAUCGACUUUAAUCAACAUAAUGACUACCUAUGUUUACACAUAUUUGAUGUAGUUGGUCUUAUAUAACAGUAAGUACCUAAUUUACAUUCA